CUUUGCUUUGGUUGGAGAGGGUUCAAGAUCAGACGAGGUAAGAAUAACGUGUGAGCCAAACGUAAGUCUGUCGUUCAUUCUUUGCCAAAAUAUUGCUUUCAAAAGUUUCAUGUUACAUGGAUGCGGUGGAUGGCGAGAGAGUACGGUAGGAGUUAACAAGUCUCACUCUGCUCACGCUGGACAGAGUCAUCAGGGUGUAAAAUUUAGGACUGCGUUGGAUUUUCGAUAUUGUCGAAAUGCGCGAUUCACGAAUAUCGAGAUAUCGUUUUCUCCAGGACUUGGUGUUAAUCUGUACGAUGUCGGAGGUCUUGUAAACUUUACUGAUUGCGUGUUGGCAGACAACAAGGCGCUUUCUGCAAACAAGAGUUCAGAUGGGUCACUUCAAGAGUUUAUUGAAGAAGGCUUUGUGUAUUCGGGAGGCGGAAUUUACAUGAUUCUCAACCAGUACGGCAACAACGUUGUCAAUGUCACUCCAAGUGAACAUGAUUCCUUCCAACACAACAACACCUACAUCUUCAGGAAUUGCCAUUUUCUCAGAAAUGAAGCUUCCGGUUGGAAUUUAAGUCACAAACACGAUAUUAUUGACGAUCCUGGUUCCCACUUCAGUUUAGGCGGAGGGCUGGCAAUAAAUUUUCGAGGAAAUGCCAGUAACUGCAACAUUACACUCAAGUCUUGCGUAUUCCUCGGUAAUUACGCGGUGUGGGGAGGAGGUCUUCAAAUUCAAACAAGAAAUGAAGUAAAAAACAAUCAUUUUGCAAUAGAAAAUACUUCGUUUCAGGACAAUACCGGUCGUCUAGCCGGAGGAGGUCUGAGGAUGGGCAAUAUACUUCAACGAGGUGCAAGCGACCCUCUGAAUACAUUUACCUGUGAUAAUUGUUCAUUUAUCAGUAACUCGGCGAUCUGGGGUGGUGGGAUGUCGCUGUAUGGAACAUCAGUAUUAUGCCGGAUAAACUGUGCCAAGAACAAGACGCAGUUCACUUUUAAUCGCUCUAAUUGGUCAGGAAAUGACGGGACAGUAGGAGCUGCAUUGGCAACUAUGCUUGCGAACCAAAAUAAUGUGCAAAUUGGACCGGAAAUGCCCUACUCAAUCAGCUUCAAUAACUGUUUAUUUUCAAGCAACCAGGUCGUCAAGUUAGACAAAGGUAUUAGUAUUGGGGAAGGUGCAUUAUUCAGCGACCAAGUGCUGCUCAUAUUUCAAGGAACUGCUUCAUUUAGAAACAACACCAACACGGCGCUGUCCUUAGAUGGGUCAACUGUGGAGAUAUUUGGUAAAAUGAAUUUCACUAAUAACAAGGGGUACAGAGGAGGAGCCGUGGCGAUGCGUGGGCUCUCGAGAGUAAUUUUUCAAAAAACCUCUGAGUUAAUUUUUUAUAACAACUCGUGUGAGAAUAAAGGAGGUGCACUGUAUAUUGAGUCUGCCGGGUCUCCCUUGGUGGAUUUCAAUGCAACCGGUGUUAACACACACGAAUGUUUCUUCGGGUACACAGAUGAAAAAGUAGACUUUAACAAGUGGAAGACAUCUGUAAUCUUUCAAGGCAAUAGGGCGGUCGAUGAUGGUAAAGGAAACUCAGUAUACGCCACGACCCUUAGGUACUGUCGGCGACCCGGAGAAUCUCGACAACACAACAACGUCCUGAAGUGGAAAUUCAUCCACUUCAAAUUCUUGAAUGGGACCGUUACCUCGCGAGAUAGUGAAGUAGCAACCGAUGCGAUAGACAUGAACUAUGAACGAAACGACUGGGAGGUUGCACCGGGUGAAGUCUUCGAUGCAACUGUCAAAUUAAUUGACGAGAUAGGCAACUCCGUCGUUGGAAUAGUCGAUGUUGAUAUCCUAUCAUCGCCAGUUAAGCUCGACACUACUUCGUCCCUGUUUCUUACUGACGGACAUAUAUCUCAUCUCAGGUUGGCUGGAAAACCUGGCAGUUUGUUUACCGUAAGUUUGCGCUAUGUUGGAAGGCAGGUCUUAGUAGAUGCGAUCCCCGACAUCACAAUGCAAAGUUGUCAUGAGGGUUUUAAACCUGAUGGAUCAUCAUGUUCUUGUAUGGACUCUUUAGACGGAGUGGCACGUUGCGACUUGGACGGAAAGACUGUGUACCUUAAGCAGGGCUACUGGGCUGGAAAAGUUGACGGGAAAUUUGUUACACACCGCUGCCCCGCUGACUACUGUAACUAUACAGAGACCGCCAUUCCAGGAGAGUACCAGUACUUCUCUAAACAUGUGUGCAAAGGUAACAGAGACCAGAGCAGCGUACUUUGUGGCCAGUGCAAACCAAGCUAUAGUGUCUUAUUUGGAAACGAAAAGUGCUCAAAGAGCUGUACUAAUCGGUGGCUAUGGAUGAUUAUUCCCUAUGUCAUAGCUCUUUUCAUAGGGACAUGUUUCGUGUUGCUGGUGAAUCCAAAUCUUUCAAGUGGACAUUUAAACGCCUGCUUAUAUUCGUUUCAAAUUAUGAAGAUACUGACUCCACAGGGGUUUACAUUCGACCCCGUUAUCGAGUUCCUGGUCGCCCUUUGUAACCUGCAAAUCCACAUAGGACAUGGCAUCUGCUUUGCAAGUGGUUUAAACAAUGCCGACAAGUUAAUCAUAAUGGCUGCUGUUCCGGUCGUGGAAAUUGUUAUAUUGAUGUUUCUUAAGAUUCUUUACCCCCUCUGGAGAAGAGCUUUGCAAAGACUCUAUGAUAGAUUACAACAAAGCCAGUGUUGUCGAGGUUCUUGUUGCUGCAGGAAUGCUUUCCUGAGAUGGUUAGAAAAUUGCUGGGAGGCAUUCAACGAACGCGGGGAAAAUGGUUUCGCUUAUGCGUUCUGUACCAUCGCCGUUCUGUGCUAUGUUGACAUUACUCGCAUUUCAUUGCAGCUCCUGCAUCCUGCCAAAGUUGGAGAACAGACCGUGUUGUUUGCUGACGGUCAUAUAAAAUUUUUUGUCAACGGCCAUCACAUUUUGUAUGGAAUUAUUGCUAUCGCACUCAUGCUGGGUGUAUUUUGCGUUCCUGUCAUAUUCAUCUUUUUUACGGGCUCAAACCGACAUCUCGAACCUUUACGAGCCUGUUAUAAGACUGGGCGUCAUCCUUUUGUCGCCUUCUACCUUGGAUGUCGCGUCCUUGUCUUAGUAAUCAGCACUUACGUGCCAGAUGGCCCUUUGAAAAGUGCUUUGCUACAAUUCUGCUGCUUUCUUUUCUUGUUUACCAUUGCGGUUGCAAGACCUUAUAGAGAAGGUGCACGUGGUAAUGAAGCAGAAAAUCAAGGUGAGGCAGCUGACGAAACUGUGCAAAACCGGUGGAUAAACGAAUCAGAUCUUACAAUCCUGACGACACUGGGCGCCAUUGUAGUUCUGAGUUCCCCCAUCAGCAGUGGUGUCUCCAAAAGUAUAGAAAAUGGCUUAACAGUGUGUGUUAAGAUAUUGGCGUACGCCCCUUUAGUAAUGGCGGCCCUUCCAUACACCCUAAAAGCGUUCGACGCAUUACGUAGUACAAGAAGUGCUCAGGUUCCGGAACCAGGAGACGGGCCUAGCGAACCGGAUAGGGAUUUGACUGAGCGCUCACCACUGCUAGACAGCGUGCAGCAACAAGGUGUAUCAGAUCCACAUUUGGAAGGGCGUGCACCACUGACAGGUGACACACAACAUCGUAUACCAAACGAAUCAGAUAUACAGCUUAACCCGCGUAUACUAAUGUUACAAGGAGACAACUCCGAAUCCAGAUUUGUCACCGCUGAGGAAGAACAGGAUGUAUGGAAGACAGCCGCCGAAAGCCUCACGUCAGAGGAUGUAUAAUCGCACAAGACAAACCUUACUUUUGUUUUGGACUGUCUCCGGAAUCUGAUGAGUGUCCUACGUACGGAUGUGAAAGGAACUGAAACAAUUGCUCGUUCAUCUUUGUCGACGAAAUUAGGAAUUUCUAAUUUGGGGCCCAGUCCAAGGAUUCUGGUAUAAGCGAAGUUUGUGCGACAAGUGGCGGACUUAUGAGGGAGAUGCUAAUAAAGAAAUUAUUACCUCGAUUGACAAUUACGCUGGGAACUCGGUCUAAGUAGAUUGAUAGUAGCCGAAUUUAUGAAUUAUUGAUAGUGCCGGAUCAUGAUCUCCACACAAAGAGACUUGUGUGGUGGUGCAUGAUUGCACUGCUAACUAUAAAAGUGCCUUAUAUAAAAUAGGAAAUGAUAUAAACAGGAACUGUGUCCGAUUGCAGCAUUUUCAUUAGCAUACAAAUAGUAUUCUACCAGCAUACCAUUAUGUGUUUUACAAGUUACUCGAGUUGGCCCUCCAUCAUCCCAAAUUAGUAGGGAAAAUCCCCGCGUUCCCACCCAACAAGGGAUAUUAUUUCCUUGACUUUCUGUUCUAUAUCAUCUUCGUUUAACUGAUAAUACGACAAACAAUGAUUUGACAUUUAUAUAUCGCUAUGACGUUAGAAUUCUAAAGCGUAGGAAUUAAGUUUAGUUCCUUAGUGGAUGCUUUUUCCAAAAAACAGAACAGUUUUAUAACACGAUAACUCAAGAUUAAGAUUGCUUCUAUGCGUAUGCUAUGAUUAACCAGCGACAUUUUGUAGACUAUGAUUUUUUAUUUUGCAGUGAAUAAGUAUGUAGAGGUAUCAAAUAAGACUUGAUGUUAUUUUUCUUGAUAUUUUAUACGUUCUUAUUCUUUUCUUCAAGUUACUUAUUAUGUUAUCUAUUUUUAAGAAAAACUGGUGUGAUGUCUCGCGAUUUUUAUUUCGCGACAAAACUAACUGUAAAUGUAGAUGCAGAUACGUAUUGCGCUAGGUUUGCACUAGGGCUUGGGGGUUCAAGGUGUGGUCAACACUAUCCACUGGAAUAAUUAAUCACUCGAUAGUAUAUUUAGAUUAUUCUUUAAGCGGAUAGCUUUGUCGAUACAUUGCUUUAACAGUCUUUUUUUUCUGACACCUCUGUAAAAUUAAUGUUUGUGAGCGUUUGAAUUAAAAUUGAAUUGAAUUGAAUUGUAUUGAACAACAGUAGCUAAACGUAAAGAUUCAGAAAGUAGCGCGAGCUGGGAAGUAGCGCGAGCUUUGCACUAGUGAGCUCAGCUCACUAGUGCAAAGUUAGAGUGCCAGGAGCAAACUAUACUGGCGGAUCGCACUGGGCAUACCAACUAUGGGGUCCGGAGUCAUGCUCUUCCGGAAAUACGCAUAUCUUCUAGAAUGUUUGGGAAUAAAUCUGAAACUGCUUCGCGAUUUAGAAUUCACACCAUCAGACAGCAUCGCAGUUUGGGCAUGUUGGGCAUGCGUAUGUAACUCAAUCAUAUUACAUUUGACGAAAUAAAUGGAUUCAAAUUUGACCCGUCUUUUUAAAAUCUCUGUUAGAUUUCUUGAGUAAUUCCCUCUUUCACUCGUCUCCAAAUCAAGGGAUUCUCUCCCUCUCCCCCUCCCCCCUCAACAUCUUCAGGAUCUCUCUCCACAUCUUUAGGAUCUUUCCCAUUGGGCGAUUAAUAGUGACCGGUUUUAGUUUAACCCCGUCCUUUCAUACCAGAGUUAAAAACCUUGUGCCUGCUUGUAAUUCUAUCCCGUUGCUGCACAUUAUGGAGCCAUCUGCAGUGGGCUUACAAGACAUAUUCGGCUCUCUCAAAAAUUACCAUUAGUCUUGUCUCCACCAAAUUUUCAUUUUGUAAAAGUCUCCAAACCUAAAAAAAUCAACAAAUUAUUUGCUAACCGCAAAAUUUCCACCAGAAAGGAAACUAAACACAUGCUGAUCGCGGCGAAACAACUUAAACGACCUUUUCCUUAAAGUAAAUAGUUCUACAAGCUUUUAUAAUAAUUCUCAGCUCGAUCAAAUACCGUCGGCACUUUUAAUAUGAAACUGAUGGCAGAUAUUUUUGCAAAAUAAACACAGAAUUUCCCCACAGAGGGGGGCCCUAACUCUGUCGAGUCCACCCGAUUUUGGCAUGUGAGUUAUGCCUUUUGGUAAAAUUCAGGAACUUAGUUAUCACAUCUCUGGGUGUCGCUGCUGUUCAAAGAGAUGCAUCGGUAAGGCAUUUCAUUAUUAACUUACACAGAGCACGUGAAAAGUAGGAAUAAAGUUUGUUGAUGGAGCUAUAAAAAUGAGUACUUGUGUAUACUGGGUAGGAAAGUUGGAUGGUGGAUUAAAAGGAAUGUACGGGAAAUGCUACGUAAAAGAUAAACCAAAUAACCAGUUCUAGAUCUGCUAUGAAGUAAAAAGAGAGCAUCAUUGGAAAGUUGGACGGUGGAUUGAAAGGAAUGUACGGGAAAUCCUACGUAAAAGAUAAACCAAAUAACCAGUUGUAGAUCUGCUAUGAAGUAAAAAAAAAAAACCAUCAUUAUUAACAAUACCAAUAAAGGCCGACGCAAUAGUGCAUUGGCUUUGAAAGCCAGUACUCAAAAAGAUAGUCCUUAGACCAGUAUUUUCCGGAAAUAUUUAUUGCAUGAGCCUGUUAACUGGCUUCAUGGAGUUCAUAGGGUGACCUCACUGCCCGAUUUAUCAUACCGAGCUUAGUAAAGACAGUAAAUAGUACGCAAAUGCGAUGCAAAUAAUUUUGCGAUUGUUUUAAACCAUAUUGAAUUCCACACCUGAAAAGUUAUUUUCAUAUAGAUCAUACAAGGA